GCUGCGAGUGGGAAAUUCGUAAGCUGCAGUCUCCCCAACUCGCCACGCGAGUCGAAGCAGAAGAAGAAGCGCAAGAACCAGCAGUCGCCCCUGGCACGACAGCAGUCCGUGGCGCUCGGCAAUCUUGAGCGGCUGCGGAUGCAGAGGAGCAAGUCGUGCGGAGAGGGAAGGGCCUCCCAGCCGUCCAUGGACCUGGACCUAUGGCACCGUGGUGAGAUGAAAGCAGAAGGGGGAGGAGGCGGCGGCGAGGGUGAAGUCAAGGCCAAGGGCAAGGGAGAAGACAAAUUCAAAUGCGGGACUUGCUUGUUCCUCCCAGGUUUAGGCAAGGGGAAAGCUGCCAUGCGGAAGGUGGCGGGCGAGCACGUGCACGAGCAGGCGGACGUAGUAUCCCAAAGAGUCUCUCUCGAAAAAUUCGAAUGCGGGUCAUGGAGAUUGUCGGCCAUCAUAAACUCCCCAGACGGCAAUGGAGAUGAUGCUGCUGCUUCCAAUCUCUUCUUCGAUCUCCCGUUGGAGCUGAUGCGAUGCGCCAGUGUCAAUGACGUGGAAUCCCCGGUCACCAUCGGGUUUCUGUUCGAUGGGAACCGGAAAGCGGUUGCCAAACUCGGGAAAUCGGACGAUUCACGCCAUGUUCGCUUUUCUUCGUCUUCUUCGCCUCGCCUCCGCAAGCAAAGGGAUGAUUUCACUGCCUUCUUAGAAGCACAGAGUGCUUAAUUCUCUAAUCCUUUCGCAUAUUAUACCAAGAGCUCUCUUCCAUUUCGAUAAUUUUGUUCUUUUUUUCCCCCUAAAGUGUGAUGAUUUUUCGUUGUAGAUAUCAUGCAUCUAAUGAACACCACCAAUUACUUUUUUGCAAAUGUAAUACUCCAUAAUUAAAUAAAAGAAUAACGUACAAUGUUACUAAUAACUA